AUGGCCGGCCACGUCGUACUCAACACCGGCGCCCAGAUGUCCCUGCUGGGGCUGGGCACCUGGAAGUCCUCUCCGGGCCAGGUGACCGAGGCUGCGAAGAUAGCGAUUGACGUUGGGUACCGCCCCGUUGACUGCGCCCAUGUGUACCAGAAUGAGCAGGAGGUGGGGUUGGCCAUUCAACAGAAGCUCAAGGAGCAGGUGGUGACACGCAAGGAGCUCUUCAUUGUUAGCAAGCUGUGGUGCACGUACCAUGGGAAGACUGUGGUGAAGGAAGCCUGCAAGAAGACGCUCGGGGACCUGCAGCCGGAGUACCUGGACCUCUAUCUUAUUCACUGGCCGACGGGCUUUAAGGUUGGGAGGGAACUUUUCCCAUUGGAUGAAGCAGGCAACGUGAUUCCUAGCGACACAGAUAUUUUGGACACAUGGACGGCCAUGGAAGAGCUGGCGGAUGAAGGGCUGGUGGCUGCUAUUGGCAUCUCCAACGUCAACCGUCUCCAGAUCGAGGGGAUCUUGAACAAACCUGGCUUAAAGUAUAAGCCAGCAGUUAACCAGAUUGAGCGCCACCCAUAGCUAACUCAGGAGAAGUUAGUCUCGUACUGCCAGUCCAAAGGCAUCGUGGGGACUGCCUACAGCCCUCUUGGCUCUCCCGACAGGCCCUGGGCCAAGUCUGACGACCCAUCCCCUUUGGAGGAUCCCAGGAUCAAGGAGAUUGCAGCCAAGCACAAUAAAACUUCAGCCCAGGUUCUGAUCCGGUUCCCAAUGCAGGGGAACUUGGUAGUGAUGCAGGUGACACCUGAACGCACUGCUGAGAACUUUAAGGUCUUUGACUUUGAACUGAGCAGCCAGGAUGUGACCACCCUACUCAGCUACAACAGAAACGGGAGGGUCUGUGCCUUGAUGACCUGUGCCAACCACAAGGAUUACCCCUUCAAUGAGGAGUUUUGAAGCUGUGGAUGCCUGCUCUUCCCAAGUGACCUCUACCUCUUUUUCUUGCCUCAUCUUCCCUGCAAAUAUACUAUGGCCUCAGCUGGGACAG